GUUUUUGGCAGGGAUAAAGAUGUCUUGCUUUGACUUUGAGAAAUGAAAAUAAACAAAAACAAUUAACUUUAAAAAAAAGUGGUGAUGGUCAACUUUGUCAAACUCUGGAGGAACAAGGUUAACAAUUUCUGGCAAUAGAAUGAGUAAACUUUUGACCAAAGCCGCUGUGGCAUGCUCGAGGUUGUUACAGACUGGCAGUCUUGGCUCUGGUUUUACAGAUGCUCUUGUUGUCAGAUGUUUAAACACGCAACAAGAGGUGCUGAUGAAUGUUUUUGACAGAAAGGCUAAGCUGCUGCAGAGAGAGAGAGCUGCUCAAGGCAUUAAUGGAGAAGAUGUCAGUGUUUACGAUUAUGUGAAAGAUGAGUUUGGCUAUAGGACUGCUGAAAGAAUAUGGGACAUUAAAAGGAGGUUUGGUGUAGUUGUUGAUUUGGGCAGUGGCAGAGGACAUGUUACAAAACACAUUUGUAAAGAUAGUGUUGACCUGAUAUAUCAGUGUGAGUUCUCUCCCUCAUUGCUGGAUCAAGCUGCAGUUUCUCCUGAAGUCACAACUAAAAAAAUGGUGGUUGAUGAAGAAAAUCUGCCAUUUGAAGAAAAUUCCAUUGACAUGUUCAUUAGCAGUUUGAGUCUCCAUUGGGUGAAUGACCUCCCAGGGUGCUUAAGUCAGAUCCUCAGGGCUCUGAAGAAUGACUGUUGUAUAAUUGGCUGCAUGUUUGGAGGUGACACACUGUACCAGCUGAGAGUGUCCCUGCAGCUUGCUGAGAUAGAGAGGGAGGGGGGUUUUGCCCCCCACAUCUCCCCCUUCACCACAGCAAAUGACCUUGGAAGUUUGCUCACAAGAACUGGAUUUACCUUGCUAACUAUUGAUAUGGAUGAGAUGACAAUUACGUAUCCUUCUAUAUUUGAACUCAUGUAUGACCUUAAAGGUAUGGGAGAGAACAACUGCACAUGGAGGAGGAAACCCCAGCUCCACCGUGACACCAUGCUCGCUGCAGCUUCUAUUUACAAAGAAAUGUAUGGCAAUGAUAAAGGUAUCCCAGCAACCUUUCAAGUCAUCAACUUCAUUGCUUGGAAGCCUGACCCAAGCCAGCCAAAACCAGCCAAGCGUGGAUCAGGUCAAGUUUCUCUAAAAGAUUUGGACAAGCUGGAUCAGUUGGCCAAGCAAAUGACAAUGAAGCAAGCUGAAAUCGAUGGUGUCAAAGUUGUAAAACUAGAAGCAGGGGAACAUGAUGAAACAAAACAUGAUGACACAGAUCCAAGCAAAGGAAAAGGGCAAUAAUAAUUAGUUAAAUUUAGGGGUGUGAAUGUUCAAAUGUAAAUAUUGGUAAAACGAGUAAUUGUAAUGUCUAUUGGCUGAUAGUUUUUAUGUGAGUGAGAUUGUACAUGUUUGGAUUUAUUUUAGCUUGUUAGUCCUUAAUUAAUUAAAAAUUUUCUAGGUAAUUUUUAAUACUUUUAAAAACAAUUAUAAAAGGUAAUUACUGUUUUUAACAUAUUCAAUACAUUAUUGUUUUUAUAAAGAGAAAAAUUAUUUGUGGGCUUUUAUUAUGUUUUUUGUUUACAUUAUUUCAUGUCAUCUGAAAAUAUUAGAAAAAGUGUCCAUUUCUGUUAGACAUGCAGUAAGUCAAGUCGUGUACACUAUAGAUAAAUAAAUAUUACAAUACA